CACUGUCAAUGUGUCGGAUGCACUUGCAAUGGAAGCAAGUUUAUCUAGUAAAUUUUAUUAUUAUACGUGGCAAUUGAUUUAGUCAUAGGGAUUUCCUUGUCUAUAAAACCGUUACGUUGAAAUUUUCAGAAAUAAAAAUGUCUAAAAGAUCUCAACCGGUCUGGUCUCCGCCCUCGGCGACGGAAAGACCUGUCUUAAAACUAUUUAAUAGUUUAACACGCCAGAAGGAAGUAUUUAUUUGCUCUAAAGGAAAUAAGGUUAAUUGGUACAGUUGCGGCCCAACAGUAUAUGAUGCCUCCCACAUGGGUCAUGCCAGGUCAUAUAUAUCUUUUGAUAUAUUAAGAAGAGUUAUGUCAAACUAUUUUGGUUAUGACAUAUUGUAUGUGAUGAAUAUAACUGAUAUUGAUGAUAAAAUAAUUAAAAGAGCUCGGCAGAAUUAUUUAUAUGAUAAAUAUGUGAAAGAAGCUAAACCUCUAAGUGAUACAAUAGAUGAUGCAACAUCUGUCAUAGAUUACUAUGAGCAAGUGGUCAAAGACACUGCAGACCCAGAUAAAAAGAACACUAUGCAGAAAAUGUUAGAUAAUGUUGCAUCUGCUGUGAAAGCUUUGAAACAGGCUGUGGAAAGUAAGAUUGAUGAAGAUAUUAUCAAAGCAAAAUGUGAUCUAUUAAAAUCAGCAAAAGAUCCAAUAUCAGAAUGGCUGGAUAAUAAGCUUGGUGGUACUGUAAAAGAUAAUGCAAUAUUUACUGCACUGCCAAGGUAUUGGGAAAAUGAAUUUCAUAAGGAUAUGAAAGCAUUAAAUGUUUUACCACCAGAUGUACUGACAAGAGUGAGUGAAUACAUACCACAGAUUAUAACAUUUAUACAGAAGAUAAUUGACAAUGGCCUAGCAUAUGAAUCAAAUGGUUCAGUUUAUUUCAAUGUGAGUGAGUUUGACAGUAAAGAAAAUCACCAUUAUGCUCGACUUGUCCCUGAAGCUUAUGGGGAUACUAAAUCUUUACAAGAAGGAGAAGGUGAUUUAACGGAUGACACAGUAGAGAAGAAAUCCGCCAAUGACUUUGCCCUGUGGAAGCGCAGCAAGGCGGGCGAGCCGGCGUGGCCGUCGCCGUGGGGCGCGGGCCGGCCCGGCUGGCACAUAGAGUGCUCGGCCAUGGCGGCCGACGUGUGCGGCGACUCGCUCGACAUACACACCGGCGGCGUCGACCUCAAGUUCCCGCAUCACGAUAACGAGUUGGCGCAAAGUGAGGCGCAUUUUGAUAAGGGUGGUUGGGUAAACUAUUUCCUGCACACGGGUCACCUGACAAUCGCCGGCUGCAAGAUGUCAAAGUCUUUGAAGAAUUUCGUCACAAUAUCUGACGCGUUGAAGCGACACACCGCGCGCCAGCUGCGGAUAGCCUUCCUCUUACACGGCUGGAAGGAAACACUCGACUAUUCCGAUAACACUAUGGAAAUGGCGAUACAGAUUGAAAAACUCUUUAAUGAAUUCUUCCUGACGGUAAAAGAUGCGUUGAGAAGUGGAUACGACGAGGACUGCGGAGGCCAGUGGGGGCCGGAAGAACAGCUACUUGCUGCCAAGUUGAGCAGUGUUAAGGAACAAGUGCACGCCGCUUUGUGUGACAACAUCGACACCCGCAGUGCGCUGGACGCGCUGCGCGAGCUGGUGACGUCAUGCCACGUGUUCCUGCGCUGCGCGGCGCCGCGCCCCGCCCCGCUGCUGGCGGCGGCCGCGCGCUACGUCACAGACGUGCUGCACGUGUUCGGCGCAGUGGAGGGGCCCAGGGGAGGGAUAGGCUUCCCUGUCGGAGACGCUGAUGGCCUCGGUUUGGAAGCGGCGGUGAUGCCGUACCUGGAGGCGCUGGGCGCGUUCCGCGCGCAGGUGCGCGAGGCGGCGCGCGCGGCCGCCGCCCAGCCCGUGCUGGCGCUCUGCGACGCGCUGCGCGACACCGUGCUGCCCGAGCUGGGCGUGCGCUUGGAGGACAGGCCAGAUCGUACGGUAGUGAAACUAGUGAGUAAAGAGGAAUUAAUGAAGGAAAGGGAAGAAAAGAAGAGAAUAGAGGCGGAGAAGCAAAAGAAGAAACAAGAGUUGUUAGAAGCGCAGCGCGCGAAAGAAGAACAGAAGAAAAUACCUCCUAGUGAGAUGUUUAAACGAGAAACGGAUAAAUACUCGAAGUUUGAUGACAAGGGUCUUCCCACUCACGACCACGAGGGUAAAGAAGUGAGCAAAGGUCUGCUCAAGAAGCUACAGAAGCUGCAUCAGGCGCAGGAGAAGAAAUACAACGAGUAUUUGGCCUCGCUCAACACCUGCUGAUAUUAAAUAAUGCUGUGAAUUUAUUUGUCUAAGGACGUGAUAUGUACCAGCGUUCGAGUUGGCACGUCGGGCACAAGAGCUCCUUUGUUUCUGACGUGCCAAGUCACUAAGUACUGUAAUUCCGAAUCUGCAUUUUUAAAAGUCAUUGGUAAAAAGUAAUUAGUUUAAUUUUUGAAAAUAUGGUGCAAAGAGCUUAAUUUGUGAUUUGAAAACUAUUUUGUAGUAAUUAAAGGUAAUUUGGUGAAAUUUGUAUUAUAAAUUUAAAAUACAAUUUCAUUUGUUCGAUGUUCGAAAACGGUUUUAAAACAAUAGUAUUUCAUCGUAAUUUAUUUAUCAUUUCCACAUCUAUUUUAGGGCAUUUAUAUUGAUAUUUUUCAUCAGAACUUGCUUCAGUAUUAAUAAGAGUAAUCACAAUUCCUCUGUGUAUUGUAAUAAAAUGUAGACUAAUAUGCUCAAAAAAUCAAAUGGUCCGAAAGUGCUUUUUUAAUUUAUUAAAAUAAA